UCUGCGCGCACUCUUUGCACGGAUGGGCAACAAGGCGGCCAAGCCGCUGUCGUCGACCAAGGAGAACGACGUCGUGCCCUUUGACGUGGCCGACGUUACGAGCUCGGAGCACACCUUGGCCAAACCAGAUCAACGGCCUUUGGCGGCAUCGACAACGCGCCUCGUCGAGUCGGCUGCGGCGACAAACCAGAUCACGACGCGGCACAAGCGCCACAAAAAGCCAGCCAAGAAGCUGGCGCAGAAGUCGGCGAAGGAGGGCGACCCGACCGAGUUGGAGUUUAGCUCGAACGAGAGCUCCGAGGACGACGAGAAGACGAAGAAACCGAGCAAGAAGCAGCCGCCCCACAACCACCAUCCCAACCACCACCACCACCACGAGACCCUCCUGAUUGACGAGUCGCCAGACGCCCUCUCGAGACCAGACGCCCACAAGAAAUUAGGAAAGGCCCCAAACCAGACAAGGCCCCCAAACCAGACAAGACCCCCAAACCAGACAAGGCCGCGAAACCAGACAAGGCCGCGAAGCCGGUCAAGACCGCGAAACCAGACAAGGCUGACGAAGGAAUCGCCGUUGGCCAAGAUGAAGCGCAAGUCCGGCGUCAAGUCGUGCGCCGCGAUCGAGGCCGACGCGGAGCCGCCGAUUCGGCAUCUCUCGACGCGUGUGCUGGCCCCCAUUGACCUAAAAGGACUCAAGACGAUCGAGAAGAUGCCGGCAAUCGAGGUACCCCACCCUGUGCAGGCCGACGACGCGCAGGUCCCACUGCCACACGUCCAAAGCGACCUGGACCUCGACGACGUCACGGAUGAGUUCUUCAACGACGACUUUGAAAUGAACCGGCCGCCUCUCAAAGCCGUCGAGGUGCGGAGCCCGCAAAGCACAGAGCCGAUGCGAGCACGGUCGUCGCCGCCGGUCCGCGCCAACGAUAGGUUAGUAAUAGACGACAUUGACGAGGACAUUAUGAAGGACAUUCUGGACGAGAGCUAGCCUGUACGAGUUAAUAAUUAUGUACCGAGUCGUUCGGACCGU